AUGCACGCAGUCCACACCGAGGCUGCCCACGGACCAGGAGCUGGGAGCAGGUUUGGAACCCGCAGGGUGCACAGAGUGAAGGCGUAUGGCCUCCCGGCUGACCCCGCUGACCCUCCUCCUGCUGCUGCUGCUGCCGCGGGGGCCGGAAACAGCACCAAGAGAAACCUGGAGACCCUCCUCUCAUAUCCUAAGGACUUCCACUGUGUCCACCAAGCCCUGAAGACCUUCACGUCCAAAGGUGUCACUUCAGUCUCUCAGAUCUUCCACAGCCCAGACUUGGCCAUAAGAGAUGCCUUUGCGAACGCCUCUCAGAGCUUGUAUGGUCAGAGACCCAGCGUCCUGAGUAAUGACAGCGACUUAAAUGUGGACCUCAUCAAUGCCUGGGUGGCCAAGAACACCAACUACAAGAUCAGCCAGCUGCUGAACAGCCUGCCCUCCGACUCCCGCCUUGUGCUUCUCAAUGCUGUCUACCUGAGUGCCAAGUGGAAGACAACAUUUGACCAUAGAAAAACCAGAAUGGAGCCCUUUCACUUCAAAUCUUCUGUGAUAAAAGUGCCCAUGAUGAGUAGCAAGAAGUACCCUAUGGCCCAUUUCACUGACCCAACUUUGAAGGCCAAGGUAGGGCGGCUGCAGCUCUCACACAACCUGAGCUUCGUGAUCCUCAUGCCCCAGAGCCCGAAACACCACCUUGAAGACCUGGAGCAGGCCCUCAGCCCGACCGUCUUCAAGGCUGUCAUGAGGAAGCUGGAGUCGGUCAAGUUCCAGCCCACUCUGCUGCUGCUUCCCCACAUCAAAGUGAAGAGCAGCCAGGACAUGCUGGGAGUCAUGGAGAAGAUGGAAUUCUUCGACUUUAUUUACGACCUUAACCUUUGUGGCCUGACGGAGGACCCGGAUCUUCAGGUGUCUGCGAUGAAGCACCAGGCCCUUCUGGAGCUGACAGAGUCUGGGGUGGAUGCGUCCGCUGCCUCUGUGGUGUCUGUGGCCCGCAACUUACUCCUCUUUGAAGUGCAACAGCCCUUCCUCUUCCUGCUCUGGGACCAGCAGCAUGGGUUCCCGGUCUUCAUGGGGCGGGUCUAUGACCCCCGGCCCUGA